GCGAGUAAUGAGAUGAACCUGUCUUUUGCUUGUUGCUAGGGGACGUCAAAUAAAGAAGACUGGACCAGCUGUUAUUUUGUCGCUAAGCCCUGGAGGAAACAGGCAUGGCCCAGGGAUCCAGGGAGCAGGCCGGCGUGGGAACUGCUGACCCUGAGGAGGACUCUCCCAACUUGAUCGUCUACAGGAAGAUUGAGGACAUUAUCUGCCGGAUACAGGAUGAGACGGAAGGAGUGCCCAUGCGGACAGUCAAGAGCUUCAUGACCAAGAUUCCCAGUGUGGUCACAGGUACAGAAAUCAUUCAGUGGCUGAUCAAGAACUUAGACAUUGAGGAUCCAUCUGAAGCCAUUCAUGUUGGGAGCCUUAUUGCUGCCCAAGGGUACAUCUUUCCCAUCACUGACCAUGUCCUCACACUGAAGGAUGAUGGGACAUUUUACCGCUUCCAGGCUCCAUAUUAUUGGCCUUCCAACUGUUGGGAGCCUGAGAACACAGACUACGCUAUUUACCUGUGCAAGCGCACCAUGCAGAACAAGGCCCGACUAGAGCUUGCUGACUAUGAGGCUGAGAAUCUGGCGAGGCUGCAGAGGGCCUUUGCCCGGAAGUGGGAGUUCAUCUUCAUGCAGGCCGAAGCUCAGGCCAGGAUUGACAGGAAGAAGGAGAAAACAGAGCGGAAGAUUCUGGACAGCCAGGAGAGAGCAUUCUGGGACGUCCACCGGCCUGUGCCCGGCUGUGUGAACUCCACGGAGAUGGACAUCCGGAAGUGCCGGCGCAUUCGGAACCCUCACAGAGUGAAGAAGUCCGUGUAUGGGGUGAUUGAGGAAGGUCAAGAGAGCAGUCCAGUGCACACUCCGUCACGACCCACCAGAAAGUCCACCAAUGAGGAUGUGCAGAAGGAGAUCUCUUUCCUAAGCACCCAGCUGGACAGACACUGUAUGAAAAUGUCAAAAGUCGCAGACAGCCUAAUAAGCUACACAGAGCAGUUCCUGGACUAUGACCCAUUUGUCUGCCCCCCUGAGCCCUCCAACCCCUGGAUCUCUGAGGAUUGCUCUCUUUGGGACCUGGAGUCCAGUAACGAGCCCACCCAGCGGCGGGUGAGAAGGUGGGGGUUCUCUCUGGAGGAGGCUCUCAGGGACCACGUGGGGAGAGACCAGUUCCUCAAGUUCCUGGAGUCAGAGUUCAGCUCAGAGAAUUUGCGGUUCUGGUUGGCAGUGCAGGACCUGAAACGUCGCCCUCUGCAGGACGUGUCAGGUCGUGCUCAGGAGAUUUGGCUGGAGUUCCUCGCUGACGGUGCCCCCAGUUCCAUCAACCUGGACUCCCACAGCUACGAGCGCACCAGCCAGAACCUCUCAGACCCUGGCCGCUACAGCUUCGAGGAUGCUCAGGAACACAUCUACAUGUUGAUGAAAAAUGACAGCUACGCACGCUUCCUUCGAUCAAACAGUUACCAAGACCUGCUACUCUCCAGAAAGAAGACUGACAGUGAUCAGGGGCGACGGACCUCCCUGGAGAAAUUCACUCGCAGUGUGGGCAAGUCUUUGACAGGCAAGCGGCUGACAGGCCUCAUGCAGUCUUGACAGACCUGGGAUUUGAGUACUGAGGAGACCCCAGGGAAAGGUGCCUGGUGUGGGAUACAGAGGGCCGUAGGUGGUGCACAGAGGAAAAAUGAAUAGGGGCCUCCACACUUACUGCAAUAUACCACCAAUACAGCACUAUAGACCAGACAAUUUGAACUUUCCUUGGAUUUGCAUCUACUGUAUAUCUAAAUAUAAGAAGUAAAGAGGAUAUCUCAUUCUCUAUGAUUCUUUUAUAAAACACACUGGGGCAGAAAUAGUUACCAGUUAUGUUGAUGAAUCAAUUAACUCUUUAACUGAUACAUCUAGUAAACCCCUGAGGACGAUUAUACUGCUCAGAUGAGUAACCAUUAGGGUUAAUGCUUUAAUUGGUGAUUUUUUAAAGAAUCAUGUUUUUUAAGCACUUUUUGUUUGUUUGUUUGUUUGUUUGUUUGUUUGUUUCUUAUAGAAAAAUUAAGGAACCUUUAAUGUCUUAUCAGACACAAAUACAUAUAUUCAUCUUUAAUAUGAAUAACCAAAGUUUCUAUUAAAAUGUUUUUGUUUGGGUGGCCUGGGUUGUCAUUAUACUGACUCAAGAAAAAUACUGUUUUUCAUUUCAAAUUAUGUGAGUCAGUUGAAACUGUAAUAUAACCAUGUUAUUAUUUUUUUGGUUUCAUACUGUAUAAAUGUAAAAACUAUAAACCUCAUGUGUAAGGUCCAAAACCACUAUACAGCAUGUUUUUAUUACAUCAAGUAUGUUGCUCAGAACUGUCUGACUACAUUACACCUUGAAAUUAUAUUAACUUAUUAACUGUUUGCUAAGCUGUAUCUUGGCUCAUAUGGACUGACAGCAGUAGGUUCUAUUUUUUAUCACCUCAUCAUGUGUUUGCAAGCAGAGUGUGAAUUUAAAUCGGACUCCCACCCAAGUUUGACAUCACUAAUUUGCUUCAAGGCCGAUGCAGUCCACUCCAGUUUACAUGUAUCUUCAAGCAAAUAUAAGAGUGAUGAUGAUGAUGAUGGUCAUUAUGAUGAUGUUUUGUGAUCUAGGCAGUCAAGCUUUGUUCUGUGGGUUAUAUUCGAAAUUGUAUUGUCCACUCUUACAAACUAAAAUCAGGUAGUUUCAGUUCACUUUUAAUACCCGGCUGGUCUAAUAUUUCUCUUCCUGCUGGUUAAAGGAGACCCUACGGCUAAAAUUGACUUUCGUCCAUGGCUUGGAACUUUACAAGGAUCUCACUGGAUCAUAAGAAUUUAAUUUCCAAAGAUGGCAUGGUUGUGACCAACCAGAAGCGUAACUAGUCUUCUUGAACAAGUCCUGACUAAACAUCUGCCCUUACCUGCCCUGCCUCACCCCUCUGGAGAACUUAAGCACUGCCUCAGGGCCCUCUGGUGGAGAACUCUGGAAGGACACACAUCUGGUUCAUAUUCAUCAAGGAUUUCCACUGCCAGAGACACUGAGGGCAUAUUGCAUUGACACAGAGAGAAGCUUUCCUUAAGGAUUUGACAUUGUUUGAACAUUAUUUUUAAUUAUAUAUUUUUUAUUUUAAUAUGCUGUACAUAUGUGUUUCAUGAUCACCAGCCUCAUAGACCUGGCUAGAACAUAUAGAGAUGAUGUGUUUAUUCAACACCAGAUUCCUCUUCCCUGUAUAAAGACAGAACCCUGUGUAUAUAUACUUGCUAAUAGGUAAUUACUUAAUGCACAGCUGCAACUGGGGCACACAACUAUGCAUGUAGUAUAUCUAAGAUAAUUCCUGCUUUUAGUUUUACAUUCAGAUAGCUAACAAAUCUAUGAAUAUGAUAACCUGUAGCUGCUAAAUAAAUGUCUGGACAUGGGUAUUGCAUUGG